GUAAUCAACGUCGCCAGCACAGACUGCGGGAGUGCAGUUCACCUGGGCCGCCAGCGGUCGGGGAGCCACGGUCACGUGGGCCGGGACAGUUGCCAUGUGGAGACCGCAAGGGAUUGUGGGAGCGCAGGUCACGUGGGUAGGGAGAAGCCUUCGCCGCCGCCGCCGUGGUGAGGAGGAGUGAUAGAGCAAUGUCUUCCUACACCUGCAUAACAUGCCGCGUGGCAUUUGCUGAUACUGAGAUUCAGAGAUCACACUACAAAACCGACUGGCACAGGUAUAACUUGAAGCGUAAAGUAGCAGACAUGCCUCCAGUCACAGCUGAGAACUUCCAAGAACGCAUGCUGGCCCAGAGAGCGGCUAUGGAAGAGCUGAACAAGGGGACUGCUACAGACUGCACAACCUGUGACAAGAAAUUUGCCACAUUCAAUGCCUACAAGAACCAUUUGAAGUCAAAGAAACACCUCGACGCAGAAAAGAAGACCACCGGAAUUGCAAAUAGGGAGCUGGAAAGACUUAACGCAAAAAAUCUGGAAAAGGGGUUGAGUGAAGAGAGAAUGAGUAAGGAUGCGUUGAAUAGAGCCAUUCAGCAAGCUGUGAAGACCCAGCUUUCACCCUCAACAAAGAAGAGGACCAUUAACCCAACAACUGGUGGCACUAAUGCAGGUGUGAGUAAGAAAAGGCCUGACAAGCCUCCUCGGUUACUUUGGUUGGAACAACAAGCCAAGAAAAUGGGACAUGAUGAAUCCUCAGAGGAGGAGGAGGAGGAUGUGGUGAUGGAAGAUGAGGGUGAUGGUGAGUGGGAGGAUAUGGACUCUGAGGUGGAAGAUGAAUUAGAAGAAGAUGGGGAGACCGAAGUUGGUAAAGAGCUGAGGGUGGACUCUCCGACUGCUGCCUUUCCAAUCAUGGACUGCUUGUUCUGCUCCCACCACUCUCGUACUCUGUUAAGAAAUGUGAAUCAUAUGACAAAGGCCCAUGGUUUCUUUAUUCCUGAUAUUGAAUAUUUAGUGGAUCUAAGGGGGCUGAUAAAAUAUUUGGGAGAAAAGGUUGCCGUAGGAAAUAUCUGCCUGUGGUGCAAUGAGAAGGGACGGUCCUUUUACUCACUCGAAGCUGUCCAGGCUCACAUGGUUGACAGCAGUCACUGUAAAUUGUUCACAGAUGGUGAUGCUGCUAUUGAAUUUGCAGACUUCUAUGAUUUCAGUGGAAGUUAUCCUGAUCACAAUGGAGAAGAUGUUGUAAUGAAAACUACAGAGGUAACUGGUAGGAAUCUGGAAUAUAAUGAAGAAACAAUGGAGCUUGUGCUUCCUUCUGGUGCUAGAAUUGGUCAUCGGUCAUUGCUGAGAUACUAUAAGCAACAUUUUGGUACCUCUAGAGCAGUGGCUGUGACUGGAACUCGCCGUGUGCUGGGGAGAUUGCUACAGCAGUACAAGGCCCUUGGUUGGACAAGUGAGCUUGCUAAAGCAGCAUCACAGAGAAAGGAGCGUGAUAUGCAGUAUGUGCAAAGAAUGAAAUCCAAGUGGAUGCUAAAGACGGCAAUGUCCAACAAUGCAACAAAGCAGAUGCACUUUAGACCUCAAGUUAUAUUUUAGAAACAUUGGACUGCAUUAUCAGGUUGUACCUGUCGAUGAUGGAGAGAUAAUAGCAACAUCAAUAACUGAAGACUGAUUUUUUGCUGACUUUUCAAUUUGUGUUUUGGGAUGGUGUAUUUUUGUUUCUUUAACUUGUCUCCUUCAGAACUUAAAAUGUGAAUUGUAAAACAUCAAAGUAUUCCCUUAAACAUGUGUUCUACUGCACACUGCUUACUGUAAUUCAACUCAGUUUUGAUGUGAAAUAAAUACUUGGCAUUCUACACACCAUAA